AUUGGUGGAACUACACUACGUUGCCGCUCUAUUUAUUUAAUUUGUGUUAAAUUAAUAAAUAAGUAUGCUCAAUAUUAAAUCAGAUAUAUAAGUGAAAGUUUUAAUUAUGUUCUUAAUACAUAAUGAAGAAUAACCCAAAUAUGUGAAAGUGAAAUAAUUAUUAUUUAAUGUGGAAAGUAACCAAUUGGUAAGGUUUUGUUAAUACCCAUUUGAGUGAAACCAGCAAUCAGCUCCUUAAUGAUUUUACACUGAAUGGGAAUUCUUCGGUCAUACAAUGUGGUGGCGUGUUUGUUCCGUCGACCCUGGUUAGCGGUGCCACUUGGGCUGUGGGUCAUGGUGUCUGUGGGGUACUACUGGUGGCUCAUAACAUGUAUCAAGGACCUGGAGACACAGAACAGAUCAUUCCGGUCUCAACUACAGACACAAACUGCCAUGAGGAUUAUGCAUAUUGAUCCAACUCCUAGAUAUAAGAUACCUGAGAUCCCAGAUUCACCAGGCACUAUAUGUGAAACAAUACAUAUAUCUCUAGUUUGCAUGGGCAAGUGUGGUCAGAAUAUCACUCCCAUGCUCAAAUCUCUACUGUACCACCGACUGAACCCGAUACACUUCCAUUUGAUUGUGGACACAAUUUCCCAGGAAUUUUUCAGUAAACUUUUUGAUACAUGGGAUCUCCCUGAUGUAAACUACACUUGCUACAAUGCAGAAGACCAACUAUCCAAAGUAUCGUGGAUACCGGUCACACACUAUUCAGGAAUAUACACGUUAGUAAAACUCCUUAUCCCUGAUAUAUUACCGAAGACACUAAGGAAUGUGAUAGUGCUGGACUCUGAUCUCACAUUCUUAUCCGAUGUCGGCGAGUUAUGGGAAUUGUUCAAGAAUAUGACUAGCAAUCAGCUAAUAGGAUUAGUAGAGAAUGAAAGCAACUGGUAUUACAAACCGUUGCGAUGGCCGGCGCUCGGGCGCGGGUACAACACGGGCGUUAUGCUGCUGAGGCUCCACCACAUCCACGCCAGGACCAACUGGACCGUGCUGUGGCAUGAGACUGUACAAGAGAACACGAGGAAACUCGGUCAGACGGCACUGGGCGACCAGGACGUCAUAAAUGCCAUCAUAAAGAUGUAUCCGGACACAGUGUACAAUGUAAGCUGUGGAUACAACGUGCAGAUGUCAAUAACGACGCUCUCAAAGAAUUGUUAUGGGGAAGAUCCUAAGAAUGUUAAGGUGGUACACUGGAACUCGCACCACAAGCAUAACAUAAGCCUCAGCGACGCCGACUACUUCCGCAGCCGUCACCACACGUUCGUCAACAUGGACGGGAACCUGCUUCGCAAGAAACUGCACAUUUGCUGGCCAAGCCCAUCCACCAACACCACCGGUAACAAUUCAGACCUGUGCACGAGUUUCCGUGCUGCGUCGCGCGCGCGCCUGCGCACCCACAUAUACUACAUGGAGUACAGCUAUCAUAGUGAGGACAGCUUCGACGUCACACUGGUUCUGCAACUCUCCAUGGACCGGCUGCAGUUCCUCGAGAGGCUCGUCAAGUAUUGGGAAGGUCCACUAAGCGCGGCGAUCUACCUGGCCGACUGCGAGGUAACGAAGCUGGAGAGCUUCAUACAAGACUGGUCUUCCACGCUCAGCUCGCGCAAGAACGUCGCCUAUCACCUGGUGUUCAAACAUGACGCGGUGCAUUACCCAGUGAACUAUCUGCGUAACGUUGCGCUGGCGCACGUGACGACGCCGUACGUGUUCCUGAUGGACGUGGACUUCGUGCCGAUGGAGGGGCUGUACCAACACCUGCUGGCCGCGCUACGAGCUAUCAACCCUUAUCCCCAGAAGAAGUGCCUAGUGGUGGCCGCGUUCGAGUCGCAGCGCUACCGCGCCGUGCCGCCGCGCAACAAGGCGCAGCUGCGCGCGCGCCUGGGGAGCGGCGCGGGGAGAGCGGCGGGCGCAGCGGGCGCGGGGGGAGGGGCAAGGCGUGCGCGGGACAUCGCGCCCUUCCGCGCGCACGAGUGGCCGCGUGGCCACCGCGCCACCAACUACACCAGGUGGAUCAAUGCCACCACGCCCUACGAGGUGGAGUGGGAGGCUGAUUACGAGCCCUACCUCGUGGUGCAUCGGUCCGUACCCAAGUAUGACACGCGAUUCUCUGGCUUCGGAUGGAAUAAGGUAUCGCACAUAGUGGAGCUGCGCGCGCAAGGCUACCGCGCAGUAGUACUGCCCGACGCGUUCGUGCUGCACACCACGCAUGCGCCGUCCGCAGACAUCACCGCCUUCCGCGCCGACCCGCACUAUCGCAUUUGCCUAGCCCUGCUGAAGCAAGAGUUCCUCGAGGACCUGUCGCGGAAGCACAACGUGUCCCUGAACGAACACAAGCGGGGGCUCGAGCAAGACCGGCUAUAUCUCGUCAGAGCGCGGGAGAUACGAUAGCUUAUUUUUUACAUACAUGAAGCUCGGUUGCUUCUAUGCUGUUCUGGGAGCAUAUAAAAACAUAGAACACGUUCAGCUGCUUCUCUUCCCGGGCAUGUCGUAAAAACCGACAGAGGGAUUGUGUCCUCUAACAUGAUGGACUAAUGUUAUGGGCGAUAGGCUGAUCCCUUAUCACCAUAAGGUUCAUCAUAUCCAUCUUUGGACUUCGUAUCAACAGUGGCUGCAAGUUGUCUUUGAUUACUUGUGGCUCUGCCCACCCCAUUAGGGAUUACGGGCGUGAGUUUAUGUAUGUAUCUAUGUAUGUAUGAAGCUCGGUGAGGGGUGGCUACUUAGUCCAUCUUGCGAUGGAUGUACCUCUGCCUACCCCAUUGGUUUAUAGUCGUGAGCUUAUGUUAUGCCACACAAAGUCAAGCCAGGGUAUGCAGACCCAAAGCAGAGAAUAAAGAAAAAACAUCGUGAGGAAACCCACAUUCCCGAGAAAUGCAUUUCGGAGGUAUGCGACCAAACCUGUAUUGGCUGGUUUUCCCUUCGCGGGUUAGAUUAGACAGGCAGUCGCUGUAUUAAACCGGACCUGUCAAAUGUUCAGGUUAGGUAAGCGGACCCUGUAAUCGCAACGCCAUCGCAGAUAUGGUAAUAAUAAAUGAUCGCGUUUGACCCCAAUUUCUACACAUGGCAAAUAAGCGGCCUAAUGACACAUCCCGGGCACUUCAUACAAAAAAUCCUCGUUUUACACAUACAUUACACAUUGACAUUAUCGUAUACGCGCAUCUGUGUGUGUGACGUCUGACGCCCAUACGAUUGAAGACUAACUAUGGCCGAGGGGGUGAGGUGAACCUAGCUCAGCCGCUGGUGGGGAGCGGAGAGUUGCCGUUAUAUACGUAGUAUUAUUUCUUAUUCUAUGCUAAGGGUCAGCACAGAACAACAGCAACAACUUGAAAAACUUUCUGAUUAUACCGGAAAAGAGUAUCAUUGUCAUAAAAUCAAUGAAUAAAUAAAAUACAUUUACGUAUUUCAAGUUACAAUCUGACUCAUGUAAGGGUUAGGAAAUAUCUUUCCUGCUGAUGAUGAUCACACACUGCUCGAGCGGAAUUCAAGAGGAUGUCGUUGGGUCUGUGUUGACUUAGACAUUAUAAAGAGAAGUUUAGAAGCUAUACAUAAAAUUUAAUGUAUGUGCCCCUGGGUAAAUUAGUUCAUAAAAUCGGCCUUACACCAUAACUGUGCCAAUGUACAGUAUACACAAGGACUUAUUUUACUUGUUUUAGUAGAAUCUCGAAUAAAUUGUUAGUGAAAAAUGAUGUUGGUGGCGAUUCGGGCAACCAACCUAAUUUUAACUUAAUUUGACAGGAUCAAAACUAGCUCUGUCUCUUUCUUGCACUUAUUGUAAGUGAAGGACGGCACUAGUUAGGAAUUGUCAAACUAUAUUUAGAUUAAGUUCGUGUGCGCCCGAAUAGGUACCAUUUAAUCUAUGGGCUGUGAGAAUUACAUGUAUUGACCGAAAAAGUACACAAAUAACUGCACAUUAGUACCUAUAGUUGGCUACUUGACAGCUUUCGGAUGAGUAUUUUAAAAAUGAUUAUUGAUUAUUUUGUACCUCUUAAAAUAUUUUAUUUUCUCAAAAAAGUUUUAUGUACUAGAAAAAAAAAACACAAUUUAUUCAAUUAUUUUAAAUUUCGCGCGAAAACGAUUGGUCACGUGACAUUCUGCCCAGUGACGUCACAUUUCAACGAACAGAAACUGUCAAACAGUGUAACUUGACACGAGACAUAGUUUUUGUUUAUUUUGUGAAAUGUGACGUCACAUGAAACUCAAUCAUGGCCGCCCGUGUUUCGGGUUUUGUAAUACACAGAUAAAAAACCGCAUUUUUAUUUUGUAAAAAUAAAAUAUUUAAAAAUGACCUUAAUAAAAAAAUAUAUGGGAUAAUUAUCGUUAAAUGAUAAACUCCAAUAUCCGACAUAUUUCAUAAUUUUAUUGUUACAACUGUGAAGUAGCCAAUUAUCUCUCAAUGUUAUUUCGACACAAAUAUUAAUUGAAGUAUUAUUGUUAGUGUAUUGGCCCUUCCCAGUUUUUAUGGCAGUAUUUUUCUCAGUGUAAGCUUUAAUGUUUAUUUAGAAAUUAUUUUAUAUAAAGUUUCGUCACGAAUCAUCAUCGUAUGAUUUGAUCGUCAUCACACUACUUAAAAGACAAAAAUGUCGUACGUGAAAUCAAUUACGGUAACAUCGCAAAAAAUUGAUGUUUUGAAGUGUGGUUGUGUUAUACAAAAUAAAAAGCAUUACUUUCUCUACUGUCUACACACAGUAAUAUUUAACAUAAUAGUCGCGCUAUGAUUCCAGUACACCUUCUAAUUUUAUUUUAUGUCCUGUCAUUUUCUUAUCCGCCGAAAAGGAAAGGGACGGGUAAUCGACAGCCCUAAAAUUUCUGUAACACACGUCAAUUUUAGGCAGAAAUUUAAAAAAAACCUCUCCAAAUUUUACAUUGACCAAUGACUCGACUGAAUUAAGUUGACUGCACACGUCAAACGGGUUUCAUAUCAGCGAGAUGCCUAUUUCAUUCGCCCGGGUUGUUCAUUCGGUCACUCAUUCAUUUUUAAAUUAACAACCGUCAAUCAUCCGUCCCUUUUCUUUUCGGCGAAUAAGGAAAUGACAGAACAUAAAAUAAAAUUAGAUUAACACACACACAGACAGGAGUCUGGAGUAUAAUAUAGUCUUCUAAGUUUGUUGCAAUAAGUUAUUUGAAUAGUGAGUAUUACUGCAUUAAAAACUAAACUGUCAAUCAAUCAAUCAAAUCAAUUCAAUUCAUCACUUCAAUUAACUUGCAUCAGUCAUAAAUAUGUAAGUAUUACAUUCAGUUAGUGAACAAAUUAAUAAAUAAGUUUCAACUCAAACACACAAACUCUAAAAUCGCUUUUUUUCGAUACUGUUUUUUUUUUCAGUUGUUAGUAAUGAGUAUGUUGGUACUGAUGAGUCUUUUUCCUUUUUAUGUAAGUGAAUCGAGCCUAAAUGUAUACGUUAAACGAUGCAAUUUAUUGAGCCUUAGUCUAGCUAUGUAUAGUCAUGAGCAAUACCUUGUAUCCACUUUAGAGCCCUGUCGCAUUAACAUAUUUGACAUUUAGUGAAAGUUACAGUUCAAUUUGUCAUAAAAGUUAAUAUGACAUGGUACUAAAGUGUAUACGUAUUAAUGUUUGUGACUGUGCGUGAUAAGUAUAUUUGUACAGCAUAAUUUGUUUGUAUACAUUUCAACGUCGCAUAAUUAGAGGAACGUAUCUCACUUCUCUUUCGUACUAAGCUGUUCACCGUUAAUACGAAAGGUGCAUAUCCCUUGUCUCUUUCGCUCUAAGCGACGUGCUAUACCUAUCCUGAUGUAAUUCUAAUUAUGCUACGUUUAAAGAGGCAUAAGCACCGUAGCAAGUAAGGACUCCUUUCAUCAAAUGAGAC